CGCGCUCGAAACAGCUUAUUAUUCAACCCAAACUAUGAAAAGAAGGCAAACGAACUAUACAUUUAUACCAAGAAACAUGUUAGCCUCCAUAUUGCAUUUGUAUGUAGCAUACAUAACAUGCAAAGUAAUAAACUGGGCUGUUCGUUCACUUAAUUUUUGUUUGCGAUCUCAAAGGUACUAUGUGAGUCACCCACCAAUCGAACGGCUACCAUACGGAACAAAGCCAUUGAGGCUGGUGUGCUAAAUAUACAACACACACUGACCAUGACUUUGUGUUGUGGCUCCGUGACCUACUUAGUAUUUUCAAAUGUUCAGUCCGGGGCUCGGCUGAUAUUUCCUGUGCUUACAAACCUAUAGCUGUAAAACUUGAAAAACCAUCAGUCAUGGGGAGUCACAUUACAUCGGACCCAAACUUGGACCCCUACCAAGAACGAGUACACGACCCUCUCCUGUUUCUCAACACUGACAAGACAGAUUUAGACGCAUUUUUAAUGAACGCCAACACGGACAUGGUACAUAUGGCGGAUGAACUUCACAGCACGGUGUCGGAUGUGAAAAUGGAAAACAGUCUGGAUUUGGACACGUUAGAAGGCAAUGGGCAGCUUGGCGACAUGAGCUGGCUCCACAAUUCUUCUUUAGCCACUCUGGCACAUUUAGACAACGAGGACACUUCUGACGGUACCAAUCUGGUGACCGUAAACCCCCAGUCCAUUCUACCCAUGCAAAUUAUUCAGCGCGAGAAGCCCGAGAACCUCAUGUCGUCGGAGAGCGCCAACAGCGCGGCCAUGCGUCUACAUGCCAACUGCAGCAAUCUGCUCGCUUCUCCCGAGGAGUCGCCCAACCAAGGGGUGCAACUCUCCCAGGCGUCCACGCCUCAGAACGUCCUUCGACAGGACCACCAAACGAUCCGGAUUUUGUCGGUUGCCAGCACACCCGUAAGUCACAACUCGCCGGUCAAGACACAGAAUUUUCUGAUCACGUCUUCCAGAGACUCUCCGCACAAACCGCAAACUUUUGUCCUGAGUCCAGCCAACGGGAACCUCCCCCAGGGUCUCACCAUCACCACCACCAACUCGCUGAGCCACACGGGCACCAUCGCCCAGUCCCCGCAGGCGCAGUUUGUCUUGUCCUCUCCGCAGAAGCUGCACGCCAUCUCCACGGACAAGAGCGGCCGCGUUCUGCUGAAGUCGGGCAACAACCUUCUGUCACCGUCCCAAGCCUCUCCGGUCUUGCUGGGCCGACUGCAGACUGGCGUUCCGCCACAGAUGUACCAACAGCACAUGGCAGGCAACGCGACGUCCACAACACAGUCUGAUACAGCAACCGUGUCGUCCACCACCAACUGCGAGGAGCGGGCGUACCCCAAGCCCGUCUUCUCCUACAGCUGUCUCAUCGCUCUGGCCUUGAAGAACAGCAAGAACGGAAGCCUGCCCGUCAGUGAAAUCUACAACUUCAUGUGUGAGAAUUUCCCUUACUUCAAGACUGCACCAGAUGGGUGGAAAAACUCGGUGCGGCACAACCUGUCCCUCAACAAAUGUUUCGCCAAAGUGGAGAACCCCAAGCUGAGCCAGGGGGCCAAGAAGGGCUGUCUGUGGGCGCUGAACCCCGCCAAGAUCGCCAAAAUGGAGGACGAGAUCUCCAAAUGGGGGAAGAAGGAUCCGGCCGGCCUGUUGAGCAGCAUGGCCUAUCCUGAAAACCUUGAGGCCAUUGAGAAAGGCCAGGCAGGACUUCACUAUUCCAAGAAAAAGAACACCGACUCCUCCCCCUGCUCCCCACUGAAGGUCGAGGUCACCCCGACGAAGAGAGAGUUCUCCCCUGCCAUCAUCAACCAUGAGUCAUCUCCGAUGAAGGUGGACAAAUUCUCCAGCCGCUUAGAGAAAUUCCAGAACCAUCACCCUCCGAUCAAGACGGAAUACUUGAGUCCCAUGAAGCACGAGUUCUCUCCCAUGAAGCAGGAGUACUCCCCCAUGAAGCAGGAGCAGUCGCCGGUGGUAAGGGGAGAGUACACGACUCCCAUGAAAAGCCACACGCCGCUUAGGGUGGACAGCGCGGAGCUGCACUCUCUAGAGGAACACGUCACUUUUAACAGCGACGUCUUGACCGAUAUUGUCUUACAGAACCCCGUAUGGGACGAUGACUUAGAAAACAACCUUGACCUAGACUUGAUCUGUGAUUCUCCAUCGUCCAACCCGCACCACUUCCUGGCCAGCAGCCACUCGCCACUGACCGUCCGCAGCUCGCCCAACCCGUCCCGCGUCCACUCCCAUCUGCACAGCUCAGGCAUGUACAAUACGUCCGUCCAGCCCCUCUACCCCAGCUUCCUACACAGCCAGGGUCAGUCGGGAGCUCCGUCCCCGGCCUCUGUCAAGGCCAACUUGUUCGGCGUCUCCUCUCCCCGCAGACCGCUCUACACCUGACUGCCCGAUGACCCGCCGCCGACCUCUGACGUCUCCGGCGACCUUGAUAAUGUAUUGUUUGGCUUGCUCAACUGUAAGGAAUACACAUACAGCUGGUGAAGUGUGUUUAUUUCGACUGCCUGUUGACUUGUUUGCUGCUGGGUGAGAAGAAAGAGGAUGUUCCUUGGCUUUGUUUGCAUCAAGGGUUGUCUUUGCUCAGUGUCCAUAACGGUACGAUUACAUACACCACGCUGAAACCAGUGUAUCUUCUCUCAGAAACAGGGAACU